AUGUUAAAUACAAACUAUAGAUCAACGAUUCUUCCAAAUACAUCAAAACCUAUAUGGAAUGACGAAGAAUGGAUUGUUCGAAAUAUUCCACCUACAGCUAAACUUACCGUUAAAAUCUAUGAUAAAGAUGAUGGAAAACUUGCUGAUGAUUACAUUGGUCGAUUUAUAAUUCCUGAUCUUAUUAAUUAUGAUCCUCCUUCAAAAGGUCAUAAGAUCAUUGGAGUAUUUAAUCAAUAUAAUGGUCGUUUUCAUUUAUCUAUUCAAACGACAAAGACAUCCGAAGAGACUAAACAACUUUCGGUAUACACAUACGAUGGUCCAUGUCGAUAUUUUCGCCAUAAUUCUCUUGCAAUUGGUCGUUUAACUAUGAUCAAUGCUGAUUCUAUUUAUCCAACAUGGAAAAUACAAAUGAGAAGAAUUUCAUAUUUUUUUCCACCUCAUGAACGACAAUAUUGGAAUACACAAUAUCAAUCUGCAAGAACGAUUUUUGAUAAUUAUCCGCUUUCAAUAGUAAUACAAGGUGGAAUCAAAUUAUUGCAUAGAACACUCUAUAGGAAAACAUUAAAAAAUAAUGAUAAUGGUCGAUUGAAAAAUGGUGAUGAUCUUUGGAAGUUCUUGUUUUUUGAUAAAGCAACACAACAAAUUAGACCAUGUAUUUAUACAUAUAUUAUUGAUGAUAAUACAUGGAGAUUUAGUGAAACAGGAAAUCAAUUUUUUACAGAUUUUGCUAGUAAACAUGCUUUAUUAGCUAAUUCUUCUGAAUAUGUUUGCUAUGCAGGUGAAUUUCAUCCUCGUCCAAAAUAUGGAUGGAACCGAUUAAAUGAUGAGUGGGAAUUAGUAUUUGAUAAUAAAUCUGGUACUUAUUCACCAGUUGCUGAUCUAUUAGUAAAUUUGAAAGAAUUAUUAUUAUUUAAUUUUCCUGGAUUGAAUAUUGUUACAUAUGAUUAUAAAGAUGCCGAACUCAAACAAAGCUUAGAAGAAUUGAGAUUAACAGUCGAAAAGUAUAACAUAGUACAGAAACAACUGAAAACUUAUCAACCAUUGUAG